GGUCAUCCCAACUUCAACUUGACUUCAACUUCCUCCUCCUUCACCUCCUCCUCUCGCUCCUCCGCGCCCCAGCUCGCGCGCGACGACGCUCCAGCGGUGACCGCCUCAGGCCAGUGUGCAGCUGCCAUCUCUCAUGUCUAUUUCGUGAGUACAAGCACGCCUGACAUGGACACCUCUGACGGAUACCCAUAGCUGCACGGCUAGCGUGUCAAUACCCUCAUGACCAUCCCUGAUCCUCCAUGGAAGCAAAAGACGCGUCCCUGCCCGUUCUACUCGCAAGGGCGCUGUUUAUUCUCAGACUCUUGCAACUUCUUGCACGAAGUGAAGGCACCGCGUCCUGAAACCGAAUCAUGUUCGACAUCCAGGUCUCCACUGCCGUCGCCCCCCGAGUCGCCCGUCGACAUGACUCUAUCCCAGAAGCAGGCUCGGCGAACUUCCAAGGUUGUCCGCUUCGUCUCGCCGCCGCCGCGUUCGCCGCGUCUGUCCAGCCUGCUCCUUGCACUUGGUAGUGCCAUUCAACAGGAAGAGAUGGAGGCAGAUCGGAGCUCGGACUCGAAGAAGAAUAUGAGAGCGAAGAGACGAUGCUGUCAGCUCUUCCGAGGCAGUCGAAGAUGAGUGCGACGAGGAUUCUCCCGUGAGGAUCCUCUGGCCACGAGAUGUCUCUAGCCACGAGGAAUCUCUCGACAUGAAGGUGUGUCCCGUCAUGAGGAUGUCCCCGUUAUGAGGAUAUUCCCCGUCAUAAGGAUAUUCCCCGUCAU